CCUUUGGACUGACAAAAGGCUAGUAACAAAUUGUUUACUUAACAGACAAGGAAGUAGAUAAUUGUUGUAAAUUGUUUUGUUUGAUUAAAAUUUUCAUAGUAAAGAAAAAUAAAAAUAGUGGAAAUUUGAAAGACUUCUUGUGCUAUUCUCUGGACUUGUUAAUGUUCAAAUUACAAACAGAAAAUUAUAAAAUAUAUAGUAAACUGAAAACAAAAGUAGCACAGGACUUGUUAUCUAAAACAAAAUGGCAACUGGGGUGAGUAUAAAUAAAGAUAUAUUAUCUGAUGAAACUUUUGAUCUACUAUGUGGAGUAUGUAAACAUAAAGGGAAAAAUCGAGAAGCAGAAAAAUACUGUGUAGAAUGUCAAGAUUAUUAUUGUUUGACCUGUGUCAAAGUUCAUGAGGACAUCCCUUCACUAAUUGGACACAAGAUUCUUAGCAAAGGAAAGUUUCCAUCAGGAUCAGUCAAGACCCUAUCAGGAUCUAGUAAGACUCUACCAGGGGCACCAAUAGAGAGAUGUGACUGGCAUAGUCAUCACUGUAUAGAUAUGUACUGUCAAAACGAUGAUGCUGUCGGCUGUGGCACAUGUAUGGCAGUUGAUCACAGGUUAUGCAAGGACAUUUUCUACAUACCAGAUUUUCUGAAAAUCAAGACCAGUACCAUUACUACAAGGGAUAUCCAGCAGAAACUAAAAUCAGUUACAAAGACCUUGACAGAGCAUCAUGAAAAGUUUCAAAGCCAAAAACAAAGAUUACUGAAAUCAAGAGCCAAAACACUGGACAAUGUGAAGAAGUUUAGAAAGGAAAUUAAUGACAGGCUAGAUGAGCUAGAGAAAAACACUGGUGAUGAUAUAGAACAUAAGUACAAAGCCCUGAUACACGAGAUGGAAGAAGGAAUGAAACAACUGGAGAAAAACAAAGCUAAUGUUUCCUCAAUUCUUGAUAAGUUGGUUCCUGCUAGCAAAAAUGCAAUACAAAACUUUGUAAAUGUCAAGAAAGCAGAAACUGCUGCAAAUAAAGCUGCUAAAUUUGUACAAGAAACUAAAUUACAAACACCAUUGAAAGAUGUUGACUUCACUGCUGAUGACAAAAUAUCUUCUUUGUUAGGAGAAAUAAAUGUCAUGGGCAAGAUAACAGAGAGAAUGCUAGUGGAUGCUGAAUGCAAGGGCACUGUUAGUAAGGAAGAGGCUUUACUUCAGGUCAAAGGAUACAAGGAAUACUCUGUAAAAGUUCAAUCAGACAAGAAAAAAUGUGAUAUUGUCAGUGGCUGUACUCUAGAGGAUGGAACAAUAAUACUGUCUGAUACAGACAACGACAAGCUGAAGCGUUUAAACAGUUCCACAUACUCUGUUAUAGACUACUGUGAUCUUCCUAAUUGGCCAUGGCAAAUCUGCUCCACCAAUAAGCAGGAAGUUGCUGUAUGUUUGCCAGUACAGAAGGAAAUUCACUUCAUUUCAACUGGAAACAGAAUGACAGCCACAAACAAGAUCACAACAGAUUUUGCAUGUUAUGGCCUAGCAUGCACCAAUGGCAUUCUGUAUAUUUCAGAUAGUAAAACAUCAGUGUAUAUAUUCAGUGUAUCAGGAAGAAAGCUGAAGCAGUUCAGUAAAGAGGAAUCAGGACAGAAACUGUUCUCUGACAUACUCAGUCUGUCAGUAAGGAUGGGUCAAAGAUAUUUGUCACUGACUACAAUAAUGGACUGAUUAUACUGGACAAUAGUGGAGAAGUUGUUGGAAGAUUUAAUGGUCCAGAGUUAGAUGGUGCCAGGAGUAGUUAUCUCACAGGUAGAGGAAGUCUGCUUGUUUGUGGAAUAAUUUCCAAAAAUGUGCUCCAGUUUAGACUGGAUGGUAAACUGAUAGGUGAGGUUGUGAAAUUUUAUGAUAAAUCAAUCUAUCCUAAGGCCAUUUGUUGCAAUCAGCAAAUGUCAAAGAUGAUGAUAAGUAGAGGGAACGAAAGAAUUGAAGUAUAUGACUUGCUAUGAAAUUGAGUAAAUAUUUGUACAGCAUUCUUUGGAAAUGAAUGACAAAAUUUUUACUGAGACUGGCUUUGUAAUAUGCCAAGUAUGACUCAUACAACUCAUGGAGAGAAAACUAUUUACAGGUUAAAUGUGGGGGAAUUGUUAUCAUGUGUCUGUGUAUAAAUAUGUCUUAUGUCAAAUCACAGUACAAUUAUAACAUUGAACAAUCCCAUUCAACUUCUGAACUGACUCGUCGUGUGGCACCGUUUUACUAUUUUAUAGGCAUUUUUUGAUAUAAAAAAAUCAUUUCUCCAUAUCAAAAAUUCCAUUUCUUGAUAUCAGAAAAUCAUUUCUUGAUAUAAAAAAAAUCAGUCACAUUUUUUGAUAUCAGAAAAUCGAUUUCUUGAUAUCAAGAAUUCAUUUUCUGAUAUCAAGAAAUCAAUUUGAUAUCAGGAAUUCAUUUUCUGAUAUCAAGAAAUGCUGUCCAUUUUCUGAUAUCAAAAAAUACAAUUUUUGAUAUUAGGAAAUGAAUUUUUGAUAUAAAAAAAAAGUGUUAUUUCUUGAUAUCAAGAAACCAAAUUCUUGAUAUCAAUAAAUGAUUUUCUGAUAUCAAAAAAUCGACUUCUUGAUAUCAAGAAAUCAAGCCUAUUUUUUGAUAUCAAAAAUUUGACAUUUCUUGAUCUAAAUAUAGAUGGAUUGAACAGGAUCAUAUAGAAUUGUAUAAUCCCCGCUAUGGAAUGCCUAGACUGUCUUGACAUGAUGAUUAUUACUUCAUCAUGUGCAUUUCCCAAUAUAUUCGGUACAAAUUAUAAUCUUUCUUGUAGAUAAAACAGUUUGCUAUGUACAUUUACUAUUUUGUCCGGUACAUUUCUUAGUUUGUGUUGUGCAUUCACCAGUUUGUGCUGUACAAUUGAUUCAGAUAGUUCGUCAUGUGCAUUUUCCAAUAUAUUCGGUACAAAUUUUAAUUUGUCUUGUAAAUUAAACAAUUAGUUUAAUAUGUACAUUUACUAGUUUGUCCGGUAAGUUUCUUGGUUUGUGUUGUGUAGUUUGUGCUGUCCAACAGAUAGUUCGUCAUGUGCUUUUCUUUAUAUGUUCGGUACUAAUCAUAAUUUGUUGUGUAGAUAAAACAGUUUGUUAUGUACAUUAACUAGUUUGUCCGGCACAUUAUUCUUGGUUUGUGUUGUGCAUUUUCUAGUUUGUGCUGUCCAAUUAAUAGUUCGUUAUGUGCUUUUCCCAAUAUUUUCGGUACAAAUCAUAACUUGUCUUGUAGAUAAAGCAGUUUGUUAUGUUUUAGUAAACAGAUAUGUAUUAAUUAUCUUUUCAAAAGUUUCCGAAAAUAGAUAAUUGCCGAAAAGAACUUAUUUAAAGGUGGUCAAUCACAUUUAAACAACAUUUAAUGACAUUUUUUACUUUUUGUAUAUUCUGGUAGAGAAUUAUUUAAGGAACAAAAAGACCGAUUACAUAGAGUUAGAUUCCUAUUCGAAAUGUAUAUUUUAUUAUUUUUAUAAAAUUUUAUAAUUACUCCCCUUUAAUAUGAAAGUAUAUAAAAAGCUGGGUAUUUCUUUUUAUUUCGAUACAAUGUCUAGUUUUACAUUUGCAUUUGAUAGACAUAUCAACUACUGAACAAUCUGAACCAAAAUGCAAGUUUAAAAGCUGUGUGUAGCUUCUGAAUUCAUUUAUUUCCAAUCUAUCUUGGUUGCGCAACCAAGAUAGGCAAAGGGAGGUAAUAAUAAUUUUUCAAACUUGUGUUUCUAAUGAAUUCCAUCUAAAUACAUAAUUUUUAAUGCAAAUAUUUUACAAAUAUAUUACAAUAUGUCUAAUAUUUAUACAUUUCCUUAGGCAAAGUAUGUUUAUCAAAUUUAUACGUAUGAUAAAAUAACUCUAUCUUGGUUGGGCAACCAGGAUUGGAAAAUGAAAUUUUAAAAAUACCUCCAGUGAAAAUCUAAUUUGUAUUAAGUGUUAAGUGAACAUAAAUGAGUGUAAAUGAUCAGAUGCUAAGUUUCGAACAAAUCCGUUACAUGGCCAAAAUCUGAUUAUCCACCUUUAACAUAAGUAGUAUUUUUGUUGUAUGUAUGAGAAUCCACUUGUAAAGACAAAAAUUGUAAGGGUACACGUUGUGUAAUUUAACAUGAAAUCGGAUAUUUUUUAGGCAAUCAAUUGGACAGCACAAACUGGCGAAUGCACAACACAAAUUAAGAAAUGUACCGGACAAACUAGUAAAUGUACAUAAUAAACUGUUUUAUCUACGUAACAAAUUAUGAUUUGUACCAAACAUACUGGGAAAAGCACAUAACAAACUAUUAAUUGGCCAGCACAAACUAAUGUACGGACAUCACAAACUAAUAAAUGUACCAGACAAACUAGUAACUGUACAUAACAAACUGUUUUGUCUACAAGACAAAGUAUAAUUUCUACCAAAUAUAUUGGAAAAUGCACAUGACAAACUAUUAAUUGUACAGCAUAAACUAGUGACUGCACAACAUAAACUAAGAAAUGUACCGGACAAACUAGUAAAUCUACAUAACAAACUGCUUUAUUUACAAAAAAGAUUAUGAUUUGUACCAAAUAUAUUGGAAAAAGCACAUGACAAACUGAUAACCAUUAUGUCAAGACAGUCUAGGCAUUCCAUACCCCGCACUGAAUGAAUUAAUUAGGGGUUAUCCCUAAUUGCAUGUCUAUUUUUAGAAUAGCGGGAAUUUUUGAUAUCAAGAAAUAUUGGCCAUUUUUUGAUAUCAAGAAAUCAAAUUUUUGAUAUCAAGAAAUUGAAUUCUUGAUAUCAAGAAAUUGUAUUCUUGAUAUCAAGAAAUUGAAUUCUUGAUAUCAAAAAAUAGUCCGUAUUUCUAGAUAUCAAGAAAUGAUUUCUUGAUAUCAAGAAUUUGAUUUCCUGAUAUAAAAAAUAUAACUAAUUUUUUGAUAUCAAGAAAUGAUUUUCUGAUAUCAAAAAUUUGAUUUUUUGAUAUAAACAAGAGCUGUCACUAAUUGUGACAAAUGCCCCCGCAGAACCUUGACCUUUGACCUAGUGACCCCAAAGUCAGUAGGGGUGGUGUACUCAAUAACUACUAUCAGCAUGUGAAGUUUGAAGGUCCUGGGUGAAGUGGUUCGCAUGUAAAGUGCCUUCAUGCAAAAAGUUAACGUUGGCCCCUGUGACCUUGACCUUUGACCUGGUGACCCCAAAGUCAGUAGUGGUGGUGUACUCAUAAAGUACUAUCAGCAUGUAAAGUUUGAAGGUCCUGGGUAAGUGGUUCGCGAGUAAAGUGCCUUCAUGCAAAAAGUUAAUGUUGGUCCCUGUGACCUUGACCUUUGACCUGGUGACCCCAAAAUCACUAUGGGUAGUGUACUCAAUAAGUACUAUCAGCACGUUAAGUUUGAAGGUCCUGGUUCGCGAGUAAAGUGCCUUCAUGCAAAAAGUUAACGUUGGCCCCUGUGCGUUGACCUUUGACCUGAUGACCCCAAAGUCAGUAAGGGGUAGUGUACUCAAUAAGUACUAUCAGCACGUGAAGUUUGAAGGUCCUGGGUGCAGUGGUUCGCGAGUAAAGUGCCUUCAUGCAAAAAGUUAACGUUGGCCCCUGUGACCUUGACCUUUGACCGGGUGACCCCAAGGUCAGUAGGGGUGGUGUACUCAAUAAGUGCUAUCAGCACGUGAAGUUUGAAGGUCCUGGGUGCAGUGGUUCGCGAGUAAAGUGCCUUCAUGCAAAAAGUUAACGUUGUGACGAACGAACUAACUAACUAACUAACUAACUAACAGACGGACAGUUGAAAACUAAUAUGCCUCCCUUCGGGGGCAUAAAAAAUAGACAGCAUUUCUUGAUAUCAAAAAAUGAAUUCCUGAUAUCAAAAAAUCUAUUUUUUGAUAUCAAGAAAUUACUUUUUGAUAUGUCAGAAAUUUGAUUUCUUGAUAUCAAAAAAUGCCUAGAAAAUAGUAAAAUGGCACCCCAUACUAUCAAACUGAAUCAGCUACUGUAAGUGUAGAAAUAUUCGCGGGCUUCAAAUUUUCGCGAUAUUCGCAGUGAUAGGCACUCCGCGAAUUCAUGAUUACCGCAAUUAUUUCUACACAAAUUUCUACUGAAAAGUAAUAUUUUCGCACAAAUGUGAACCAUCUCAAUUUAGUCUGUAAAGUAUGCAUGAGCCUGUCAUUAUACAUUUGUACCUUCAUGUACCUUUAUGUAUAUAAUAAAUAUAAACAACUUGUUAGUUAUUUUAAUUUAUUAAAUUAUUGAAAAAGAAA